GCCCCUGGGCGCGGCCUGCAGGGGGCAGGCGAUUGCCGGGGGAAGCGGGGGCAGGACGAGACCAGAGCGGUGCCCGCUUGCAGCCACCGGCAGCUGCAGGGAACCCAGCCACGUCUCCGCCCGGUGUGCCCUCCUCGGCUCGCGGACCCCCCGUUGCGCUCGGCCGCUGAUAUGUGUGCUGCUCGGAUGCCGCCCCUGGCGCACAUCUUCCGAGGGACUUUCGUCCACUCCACCUGGACCUGCCCCAUGGAGGUGCUGCGGGAUCACCUUCUCGGCGUGAGCGACAGCGGCAAAAUAGUGUUUUUAGAAGAAGCUUCUCAACAAGAAAAGCUGGCCAAAGAAUGGUGCUUCAAACCAUGUGAGAUAAGAGAACUGAGCCACCAUGAGUUCUUCAUGCCUGGGCUGGUUGAUACUCACAUCCAUGCCCCUCAGUAUUUAUUUGCUGGAAGUAAUGUGGAUCUACCGCUUCUGGAGUGGCUGAACAAGUACACUUUUCCCACAGAGCACAGGUUUCGGAGCAUCAACUUUGCGGAAGAAGUGUAUACAAGAGUUGUUAGGAGAACGCUAAAGAAUGGAACAACCACAGCUUGCUACUUUGGAACAAUUCACACUGACUCAUCUCUGCUCCUUGCGGAAAUUACAGAUAAGUUUGGGCAACGGGCAUUUGUGGGCAAAGUCUGCAUGGAUUUGAAUGACACUGUUCCAGAAUACAAGGAAACCACUGAGGAAUCAGUCAAGGAAACUGAGAGAUUUGUGUCAGAAAUGCUUCAAAAGAACUAUUCUAGAGUGAAGCCCAUCGUAACACCACGUUUUACCCUUUCUUGUUCUGAGGCUUUGUUGGGUGAACUUGGAAAUAUUGCAAAGACCCACGAUUUGCAUGUUCAGAGCCAUAUAAGUGAAAAUCGUGAUGAGGUUGAAGCCGUGAAAAACUUAUACCCUAAUUAUAAAAACUACACAGAUGUGUAUGAUAAAAAUAACCUUCUGACGAAUAAGACAGUGAUGGCACAUGGCUGCUACCUCUCAGCAGAAGAACUGAACGUUUUCAGAGAACGAGGAGCGUCCAUCUCACAUUGUCCCAAUUCUAACUUAUCGCUGAGCAGUGGCUUUCUCAAUGUGGAAGAAGUCCUGAAACACCACGUGAAGAUUGGACUGGGCACAGAUGUGGCUGGUGGCUAUUCAUCUUCCAUGCUUGAUGCAAUCAGAAGAGCAGUGAUGGUUUCCAAUAUCCUUUUAAUUAAUAAAGUGAAUGAAAAAAGCCUCACUCUCAAGGAAUUCUUCAGACUAGCUACUCUUGGAGGCAGCCAAGCCCUGGGGCUGGACAAUGAUAUUGGAAACUUUGAAGUGGGCAAAGAAUUUGAUGCCCUCUUGAUCAAUCCCAAAGCAUCCGACUCUCCCAUUGACCUGUUUUAUGGGGACUUUGUUGGUGAUAUUUCUGAGGCUGUUAUCCAGAAGUUCCUCUAUCUAGGAGAUGAUCGAAAUAUUGAGGAGGUUUAUGUGGGCGGAAAGCAGGUGGUGCCCUUUUCCAGCUCGGUAUAAAGCCCUCGGCCUCCACAAGGUCUCCCAGGAUGGCAUCGCUCUGCGUUUCCCUUGUGCCCAGGCAGAGUUAGAAAGUCCAAAAAUAGUACCUUGUUGUUGGGAUGACUAUCUCUUUCUAUGUCUAGUUACAGUAUUCACGUGACAAAUUGCUUGAAGGAAGUUGCAAUAAUUCUCAGCUCUCCGGAGAAUUCAAAAUUUCUCCCUUUUGAGCCCUUCAGAGUUACUUUAGGCUCAGACAUAAGGGAGUGAUAGUACUGCUGGUGUUCUAAAGAGAUUUAAGUAAAAUUGAUUUCCUGUUCGGUAGUGAGAAAGGUUAUUGCCAUAGAUUGAUAUUUUGAAGUAAUGUGAAAAAUCAGAAAACUGAAAAUGAACCAGUGAAUAUAUUUUUUUGAAGGCAAGACUAUGACUAAAUGUUGGAAAAUCACUUCAGAUUGUGUUUGAAAAUUAUAUACUGAGCAUACUAAUUUAAAAAGAGAACUUGUUGAAUUUUGAAACUGUUUCUAGAUUGACCUUGUUUUCUGGAAAUUUGCACUUAAUGGGGUUUGCAUUUCAGAGAUGUGUUAUUGUUGUGCUUUGCCUUUCUGGAGGAUGAAAUAUCAGAAAUGGAAUGCCACAUGCUUUCUUACCAUAAUUCUGUGCUUCAAAGUAUUUGACAGAAGUUGGGUAUUAAAGAUUUAAAGUCUCUUAGGAAUAUUAUUCAUAUAACUACAUGGCAUAACUAGUUGUAUUUUUGUGUAGCUUAAGAUCAUCUUAAUUUAUAACUGUGCUGUUUUAUCGUUGCUUUGGUUUUAUUAGGAGAGAACAAAUUCCACCUUUACUGUUGCUAGAGUAGAGUCUCCAUAAAUCAGGACAAGUUCUGGGCAUCCAGGCGCGCUCAAUAUGAAAGGGAUGUUAUAUUGCAGUAAUCGAUUCUCCCCAAGAACUAUGCCAUAUACCAUAACUAUUCCAGCACUAUAUUUGCUGGAAAUUUCUUACUCAGAUGUCAGUCUGUUAGAAUUUUAAAGUGAAAGCCAGAUCCUAUUAAAGAAUUAUUAAAAAUUCUUAUGUCCUACUGAUUGAGAACAUUCUAUUUUUCAAUUCUAUUCAGUUGUCUUUCUAAUGGCUAAUGAUUUUCAGGACAUUCGAGUGUUAGGAUUGUGGAAAAGAUAUAGCUGUCCACUCAGUGUUUAUUUAAUAGGGCUUAGUUUGUACUAGAAAUGUACCCUCUUUCCACAAAGCAGAAAAUUUUUAUGCUUCCUAACAUAUUGUGUGCUCCUCAUAAUCUAGAAUUAAAACCAAAGUAAGAAUUUAUGAUAAAUCCUUAAACAGUGUUGACCUGUACAUUAUCCAAAUCCUAUAAUUUUUUUCAUUUAAUUCCAAAUACUAUAAGCCAGUAAGGAAAAUAGAUUUUUUAAAACACAACAUAAAUCUCAUAACUAGGACUUAAGUGUGACUUGUUAAUAUUUUCUGAUAGUAAAUACUUCAUGUAAUAUAACUAACACCACACUUACAGAACUGAAACAGUUUGCCCUCCUGUACUAAAUAUUUCAUUUUCACAUAGUCACGCUCAUUUAGAAGUCACUUGCCCAAUGUUUUUUCCCUAGUUGGAAAUAAUUUUAGAUUUGUGUAUACAUUACACCUAAUGAUAGAACAAAUGUUUGCUCUUAUUUACAGAAAAACAACCCAGUUUUUGUUGUGGUAUAUUAAGCAACUCAGUUAAAUUCAACUGUCAGUCUAGUUUAGUCUAUGUAUUGCCAAUAUUUCAACUUCCUGAGCCAUAUCAAAGAUAACUUGCCAAAGGUUCCCCAUUUCUCUCCAGUUCUGGUAAGUCUUUGCUAUAUCACUCAAUCUCUGCCAAAGGAACUUAGUUACCUGGUGGCUAAUCUAAAGGAGAGUUUAAUCCAAAUGACAAAUUUGCAUGAGCUGUACAAGAUCCACUAAAAGGUAGCAGCUGUUCCCAGAAUUUUCAAGAUCCUACACUUUUAUCUUCUUUAAUAGUGCACAUUUUGAUGUUGAACAUUGAUUUUCAUCUAGAUUUAGGAUUCGUCUGCAGUAAAUAUAUCGAAGUUUAACAUCAGAAGCAGGAAGAAUGGCCAUUUACAAUCUGUCAUCCAUUAAACUUAGCUCUGAUAGUAUGUUACCUAUCUUUUCUAAUAAAAUAGAAUGUGCUGAAAUGUUUACAUGUACUUUGAUCUCCCUGCAUCACUUAUAGACCUAUAUGUUUUAUUUCUCCAAACGCAGUGUUCCUGAAUGGUGCAUAUGCUUUUUGCAGUAUACAAGUAUUCACCAUGUAUGUGGCCAGAUGCUCUGUACUUUGAAAUAUUGCCUCUGCCUAAUGUGGGUUGACUUCUGAAUUGUGGAAAGCAGUAUUCCAAGCCAGUCAUAUUUGUCACUUUAUGUUCCAAUAUUUUGCUCUCUGAUAGGAAAGAAAUAAUUAAAAUUUAUCAGUCCUCUUACUCCCUUUUACCCUGCUCUACUAUCUGUCUUGAGUUUCCUUAUCAAUUCUUCCUUGUGCUAUACACAAGCGACAUCCAGAACUGGGUGGUUCUGUAGCUUCCAGAACCUUUUUUCAUUGUCUUAAAGUUGAUGCUGCUGCUGGAAAUGUUUAUAAUAUUCUUCUGCUCAAAGGUGAACUAGGAAAGGUGUCAUGGGCAAUGAUUUGAAAUAAUUUUCCAACUCUGUGGAAUGUUGGGAAUUUAAACUUUUUUGUUUUUUAAGACUUAAAGGAAGUGUUGACAUUUCGGACCCAGUCACGUUAGUAUGACUUUUGGACCCUGAUGUUUUUAAACUCUCAAAAGGAAAAGCAGAGGGGAAAGUACACAAGUGAGUGGACACCAUUUGAAAACCCUAGCAUGGAUCUCCAGGCAUGUUUUCAUGCCCACCCUGUCUCCCCUUCCCUGAGCACUGAAUUUAACUCCCUCCAACUCCCUGAGAGAUCAAGAGUUGGGGGUGGGGGUUUAGUUUCUGGUUCAGAUAGUAAAAUGCAGAAGCCAACCAGGCCAAUGAUGAUACCAAAUGUAACUCCUAAGGUGGCUUUCACAGUCCACUGGGUUGGGUUCAAGUGACUGAGUAACAAGUUCUGUGGCAUUGAUGUACCUGCCCAUUUCCUGUUCAAAAGCCUGUCAGAAAGCAUUCUUUAUGGGAAAACAACUUAUAUUGUUAAACUCCUGACCAAUGCUCUUAAAAAUAUGUAUGUAGUCAUUGGGAUGUUUUUUCCUCAAUAUUUGUAUAAUUUGCUCACUGUUUUUGUGCUGAGUGAGGUCCUUUGUGCUUCAGACAAAAAUAAAUGAGAUGUUGUGUCUA